AUGAACAUUGUGCUACACAUGUUUAAUUAUUAACUAAAAAGUUCAGGAUAAACUCAGUAGCAGUGAAGACCAGGUAGAAAGCAAUUUCUUGAGAUUAAAAUUCUUUAGCUGCAUACUGUGAGGUGUUCUUAAAAGGACAAGAGUAUAAGGAAACUACAGAAAAUAUCCAUUUCCAAAGUAUCUGGAAAAGGAGCAAAGUCUUCAAACAGAUAAUUUUCCAUUACCAGUAUUGUGGAAGAGGGGCCACUACCUGGCCAAAAAAGCCAGAUAAUCACAGGGUUCUGCUACUAUUUCUUUUGGAGAAGCAAUAAGGAAGCAGGAAAAAAGGCCUGCAGCCUCCAGACAUCAUCUUCAAUCUACAGAUCUGCUGUAAAUCAUGCACUCCAUUUGACACCAAAUGGAGAAAACAAGAAAAAGCUUAAUGGUUUGUACAAUGUAUUUUGAAUUUUCAGCCUCUUCACCUGGAUGCAGGGAGAAAGGAAAACAAUAAUAGAGAAUAUCUCCAAAGCACUUUUAUUCUGCUGUCACAGAGGAGCAAAGAGAGGCAGUGAGGAACAGAAGGGGACGAAAGACCUCACCAGCUCCCUGUUUUUUUUUCCUGCUAAGUCCUAAACUGUGAUAUCCAUGGAUGCUGCAGAGUUCCGCAAGAGAGGGAAGGAGAUGGUGGACUACGUUGCAGAUUACCUAGAGAAGAUAGAAAAAAGACAGGUCUUCCCAGAUGUGGAACCAGGAUAUCUGAGGACUCUCAUUCCAGACUGUGCACCACAGGAUCCUGAGAGCUUUGAGGAUGUCUUUAAGGACAUUGAGAAGAUCAUUAUGCCAGGGGUGACUCACUGGCACAGUCCCUACUUUUUUGCCUACUUCCCUUCAGCCAGUUCCUUCCCAGCUCUUCUUGCAGACAUGUUAUGUGGUGGAAUAGGAUGUGUGGGCUUCUCUUGGGCUGCAAGUCCAGCUUGCACGGAGCUGGAAACUGUCAUGCUGGAUUGGCUAGGGAAGAUGAUUAAGUUGCCUGAAGAGUUUUUAGCUGGAAAGGAUGGGCAAGGUGGAGGAGUCAUUCAGGGAAGUGCAAGUGAGGCCACCCUUGUUGCACUGCUUGCUGCAAGAACAAAAACCAUCAGACGGGUGCAGUCAGAAAAGCCUGAGCUAACAGAGGCAGACAUCAUGGGCAUGCUGGUGGCCUAUGCUUCUGAUCAGGCUCAUUCAUCUGUGGAAAGGGCUGCACUGAUCAGUGGUGUGAAGAUGAAAAGUGUUUCUUCAGAUGACACAUUUGCUGUUUGUGGUUCAGCCCUAAAGAAAGUUUUGGAUGAAGACAAAGCUUCUGGUCUUAUCCCAUUCUUUUUUUGUGCAACGCUUGGAACCACACCUUGCUGCUCCUUUGACAAACUGCUAGAACUGGGUCCUAUUUGUAAUAAGGAGAACAUCUGGAUGCAUAUUGAUGCAGCCUAUGCUGGGAGUGCAUUCAUCUGUCCUGAGUUCAGGCAUCUUUUAAAUGGAGUGGAGUUUGCAGAUUCAUUUAACUUUAAUCCCCACAAAUGGCUCCUAGUGAAUUUUGACUGCUCUGCUAUGUGGGUGAAAAAAAGAUCAGAUUUAAUUGGUGCUUUUAAAUUAGAACCUCUUUACCUGCAGCAUCACCACCAGGAGUCUGGCCUCGUAACAGAUUACCGGCACUGGCAGAUCCCCCUGGGGAGGAGGUUCCGCUCCCUGAAGCUCUGGUUUGUGCUGAGGAUGUACGGCGUCACAGGACUGCAGGAACACAUCCGCAAGCAUGUCAGGCUGUCGCACCAGUUUGAACAAUUAGUCCUUCAGGAUGAAAGAUUUGAGCUCUGCGCUGAAGUUGUCUUGGGACUAGUCUGCUUUCGACUGAAGGGCUCAAAUGAACUAAAUAAGGCACUUCUUAAAAGCAUAAAUGAUGCCAAGAAGAUUCAUCUGGUUCCAUGCCACCUGCGAGAAAAGUUUGUGCUACGCUUUGCUAUUUGCUCCCGCACGGUGGAAUCCACCCACGUCAAGUUUGCCUGGCAGCACAUCUCACAGCUGGCGACCGAGCUCCUGAAAACAUGGGAACAAAAACACCAACAGCAGUAACAGUGGUGAGGUAACAGCAGGGAGGAGGUAAUUAGCUGGUUUUCUUUGUGUUGCCAAGUUUAAUUUUAGGGUCAGGUGGGAAAGUCGAGUUAUGAGGGGAAAAAAAUCAAAAGCUGUUGCUACAUAGCCCAGCUGCAGUAGCAAAAUCCUUGCCAACAAGUUGUGUUCUAACCUUAGUGAUUCAUUCUCUGCACUGCAUUUUCAUCUUGCCUUUUUCCAGAAGGGGCAUAUCCAUGGCAUCAUUUCUUUCCUGUUAGUUAUCAAGAGCAUUCAUUGAUCCCAGCAAUGGAAACAGAGGGUUAGUAUUCCCUCUAUUGCUGACAUUAGGCCCCCAACCCUAUCUACUCCAGAGAUAAAAAUGUCAGGUGUUAUCACCAAAUAAUUAGACAUCAUAGUGACUUCAGAAAAAAACAGGUUGUAGGAAGCUUAGUUAGGUUAUAACACUGUUUGGGUCCUAUUCUAAGCAGGCAAGCACAAAUGUAACGAGCUGGGUCACUAACAUGCUAUGACACACGUGCUGCAAAUGAAGUUAGAACUUCAAGACUCCUUUCAUUAUACAGUCAAACUGUGAGGGAGUGAAUGCUCACUGUCCUUAUGGCAGGUUCUCUCUGCUUAGAAGUUUCCUUCUAAGACAGUGAUUUUGUCAAAUCUCAGCAAAUUGUUUAUGCUGCUUACUGGUUUUCACUUCAAUCAUCCAUAUUGAUGCUCCGUCUUCAGAGUUCUUCCAAAAUCCAUGUGCUACCUGAUGUUCUAUAUUUUCAACUCAGUUAUUAUAAGCAGUAACUACUUGAAAAUAAUCUCUAAGCAAUGUUGUGUGAAAUAGCAUUGUGAUAUCUUUUGAUGGCUACCACUCCGCUUGUUUCAUUGUUUGAUAAAGAAAUAUUUGUCAAAAUAAAACGUGUACCAGGAACAGCUGGCAUGGCAUGCAGAUUGCUGCUGGCCACAUUUUGUCUCUGUGACAUCCCAAGGGAGAGUCAACUGGACACGAGGAAAAAUUACUUUGCUGUGAUGGUGGUCAAAUACUGGAAAAGGCUUCCUAGAGAGGUGGCUGAUGCCCUGUGCCUGUCAGUGUUCAGUGGCAUUUGCACAGUGCCCCCAGUAACAUGCUUUAAUUUUUGGUGUCCCCUUAAGUGAUCAGACUGUUGGCCUAUUACAUGAUCUCUGAAAGUCCCUUCCACCUGACCUAUUCUAAUUCUAAUACUCACAAAACUGCAUUUCCUUACGACCAGCACAAUACAGAAAUCUGAAUUUCACAGUUCUAUUUUUUUUUUCUUCUGAAAUCUGGGUAUGACUUGAAGCUGCAGUCAAUGAAGGCUUUUUUAGCAAUCAGUCUCCCACUGCCUCUUCCCCCCGUGUGCUUUGCAGAACAUUACUGUUAAGUCGUGUUAAGAACAUUGAUGUUAAGUCAUCUCAGAAAAAAAAAAAAUCUGGGCUAUGUAAUCAACUCAAGAACAAAAUUGUUAAAAAGAAUGUUUUUGAAAGAAGGACCUUUCUGCUGUUUCUGUUCUGUAGCUUUGCAACAUAUUUGUAAGUGAAAUGACUUCUGGUGGGGGAAACACUGUAUUUAUGAAUAGUUAAUAUGUGAACCUUUAUCUCUGCGCCUUGUGUUCAAAAGCUAAUGCAUUCUGUUCUGAUUGAUGCUGUUAAAAAUAAUUACAAAAUCUCAGCAAAACAAUUUAGUAGAAUACUCACCUCUCAAAGGAUGCAGUGCAGCUACUGGAGAAGAAGGGUAAAACAUAACUUUUCAGUAACCAUGUAGAUUCUUUAACACAAAAAAAAAAAAAAGA